CCAGCUAUGGGGCAAGGUUGAGUGCUUCUGUUCAGGAAUUCCUGGGCAAGCGGCAGUAAGGGAUCUCUGCAGCAAGUCCAAAACGUACAGAAGGCUUUAGCCUUACUCUGAAUGUCCAGAUCACUGGAUUGGAACCAAAAGUGUCAGGACUCCCAGGAACUUGGGAACUACAGAGUUUUCCCUAGUGGUGACGUCCAAGGCUCCCCAGCACCUAGCAGCCCAGUGGGAAAAGUAACUGUUAGUUAAUGGCAACUCCUAGUUGAGUGUCUGAAGUCUUAGAUCUCCCAGGUAAGCCUGGGAGAAGGAGUGCAGGAGAAGCCUUUGCAGCUGGGGAAAUUCUUUGGGCACUUGAGAAUGACAGGCACGGUUUGCUGCCAAAAGUAUUUUUCUAGUAAUUUCUGCUUUGUCAUCCUUUUGUGUUUUACUGUAUCCCCAUGAAAGGCUCCUAGGAAGAACAUUUAGGGAAGGAGAGAGCUAUAGUAUUUAUGUAACUGGAAAUGCUUACAAAAUCAGCUGGGAAGAAUGUGCAUAAAAGUGUUGCAGUGCACAGGAGAACUGGGGACUCUGAGAUUUUGAUGUGAAUACAUGAAGGCAAAAGUUUGUAUUUUGGCACUUUUUUGUCCCCUCACCACUGUAGGUAGUACAUAACAUCUUUCUACUUUUGCAAGGAUCACCUCAAUCUGAUGAUGCAGGCAUCAGAAGAGCUAAUUAUGUAUCUACACCAUGAAUCUUGUCAAACUCAAACACAUGCUUCUGCAGAUGAGUAUGUAUAGUCCAAGUGUUUCUCUGAUUAAUGCUCUGUGCUUAUUCUCCUAACAUGUGUUUGAAGCAGAAAGACUUCAAUGAGACAAAGGUGUAGUACAAUUAAAUCAGCAGAUUUAUUAGCUUUCUGGGCAGCUUUUCCAUUAUGUAAAAGAUGUGUUUGUAUCACUAUAGCAGUCAGACCCACCAGUGUGAGGAUUAAAGUUGGUUUUUACAUAAUGGAUUAUCCAAGAUUAAGUGUUUUAUUCAGGCACAAGAGCAAAAAUAACCAAUUAGUGACUUUGCAGACUCCUUAUUUAAAGGCAGCUGGAGGGCAAUUGACACAAAACUCUCCUGCUACCUGCAGCCCAAAGACUGAAGCAGAGUGGUCUCAAGGAUCUCCAACAUCUCCACCCCAUCCAGGUAGAAUGAAAUACGCGCAGUACGUUUUCCUGGCCUCGGUCUUCUCCACUCUUGGAUAUAGCCUAGCUCAGACCUGCGCAGUGGAGUCUUUCUCUGUGAAAGACAAUUUUGAUCCAAAAAGGUAUGCAGGGAAAUGGUAUGCCCUGGCCAAGAAGGAUCCAGAGGGCCUUUUCCUUCAGGACAACAUCUCUGCUGAAUACACCGUGGAGGAAGAUGGCACAAUGACAGCAUCUUCCAAAGGCCGAGUGAAGCUUUUUGGUUUCUGGGUGAUCUGUGCUGACAUGGCUGCUCAGUACACCGUACCUGACCCAACCACUCCAGCAAAAAUGUACAUGACCUACCAGGGACUGGCCAGCUACCUCUCCAGUGGUGGGGACAACUACUGGGUGAUUGACACCGACUACGAUAACUAUGCCAUCACCUACGCCUGCCGCAGCCUGAAGGAGGACGGCUCCUGUGACGAUGGCUACUCCCUGAUCUUCUCACGCAACCCCCGCGGCCUCCCCCCGGCCAUCCAGCGCAUUGUGCGCCAGAAGCAGGAAGAAAUCUGCAUGUCUGGCCAGUUCCAGCCCGUGCUGCAGUCAGGUACUGUGGGCUAA